GUCCGAUCUCACUGGCCGCUUAAUCUCAGCCGUCCGCUGGUAAGCCAAAGGCCACAAGAGAUCUCCUUCCGUUCCCCUCCUCUCCGUGGCCUGCAUAUCUCCGGCUCGCCGUCGGCGUCGCCUCCUCUCCUCCUCCUCCUCCUCCUUCGCCCGCUAGAGGCUCCCGUAGAGACCUCACCGGUGGGUUUGCUGAAGUGACGUCGUCCGGGGUGGAACUGGUUGUGGCUUUCAUUUCGGGUUCGAGCAGCCUUGGCCUCCGCGCCGGCAGUCACGGAGUCGUGCAGUUGAGUUGAGAUGGCGAACAUUCCCCCCUCCUUCGCCGGGGUCUCGCCGCCGUCCCCCUCUCCGAUGGCUGGAAGCAGCGGUGGCCUGGCCCCGGGCCAGGCGGCCAAGGAUAAGAAGAUGGCGUCGGCGGAGCAGCUGGUCCUGGAGCUCUGCGACCCUGAACUGCGCGAGAACGCGCUGCUUGAGCUCUCCAAGAAAAGGGAGAUUUUUCAAGAUCUUGCCCCGCUGCUUUGGCACUCGUUUGGCACAAUUGCUGCACUACUCCAGGAGAUUAUUUCUAUUUACCCGUCACUCUCACCCCCUACGCUGUCACCUGGAGCAUCAAACCGAGUUUGCAAUGCUCUUGCACUUCUGCAGUGUGUUGCAUCGCACCCUGAGACCAGGAUCCUUUUCUUAAAUGCUCAUAUUCCACUGUACCUGUACCCAUUCCUCAACACUACCAGCAAAACGAGACCUUUUGAGUACCUAAGGCUUACUAGCUUGGGGGUCAUCGGUGCUCUUGUCAAGGUUGAUGAUACUGAAGUCAUCAGUUUUUUGCUGCAAACUGAAAUAAUUCCUCUGUGCUUGCGAACCAUGGAGAUGGGUAGUGAGCUAUCCAAAACUGUGGCAACUUUCAUUGUCCAAAAGAUUCUUCUAGAUGAUGUUGGGCUGCGCUACAUUUGUGCCACUGCUGAGCGCUUCUUUGCUGUAGGCAGUGUUUUAGCAAACAUGGUUGUUUCACUUGCUGAUCAGCCCUCCACAAGGCUGCUGAAGCACAUCAUUCGCUGUUACCUCAGGCUGUCAGAUAACCCUAGGGCCUGUGCUGCAUUGCAGAGCUGCCUUCCAGACAUGCUCAAAGAUGGGACAUUCAAUAACUGUCUUAGGGAUGAUCCAGCGACAAGGCGCUGGCUCCAACAGCUCCUGCACAAUGUGACAGGCGGAGGCAUGGGAGGAGGUCCUCAACCAGGCAUGGAUCCCAUGAACAUGGGAAUAUGAUAUGCGGUCUAGACGUUGCAAUUCACGUCAAUAACACAGCACCUCUCAGUGAAUUGCAACUAGAGAAGAUCUGGCCACUGUCCAGAAGAAACUUAGUAUGGUCUGACUUUCUGCCGGGGUAAAAAUAGGAAUGUUGUGUGGUAUUGUCAUAAGCAGUUAAAGCUGAUGUGCGCCUGUCAUGUAAUGCUGUAGAAACAAGCUCAGCAAGCUGCUGCUUUUGUGUUCUUGCACCGGAGCUCUUGUGCGUUGACCCUUCUAAACCUGAGAACAAAGGAGGAAGAACCUGUCCCGUGAAGCUUUCUCGCUGUGCCGAUCGGUCGUGAUAUUGAAUUUCUUUUGGAUGAUGCCGUCGGAAAGCAUACCGAAAAGAAGAGUACGGCGUGUGCUAUAUUUCUCAGCGAGCAUAGUGGGUUUACCCAGUUUAUGGGUUGCUUUUGUCUUUUCUAGUGGCGUCCUGUAUCAAAGCAGACGAUUCUUAAUUUGUUCAGAUGACAAUUAACUAAUCGAGUAGUUAAUUUUUGUUU